CAGAGAAAUAGAGUGGAGGUGGUGGCUGGGCUUGCCUCCUCGUCAGCUCCAUUUUUUUUCUAGCCUCCCGCCUUCCCUUUUCCCUUAACCUGAGAGCGUUCUGAGCUCCUCUCCGCCUCCUUAGAGUGGCCGCAAGGUCUUUUAGCUUUUCUCCUUUCUCGAGUCGUCCACCUCGCCCUACCCCGCCAUGAAUGAGGAGUACGACGUGAUCGUGCUGGGCACCGGCCUGACGGAAUGUAUCUUGUCGGGUAUCAUGUCAGUGAAUGGAAAGAAAGUUCUUCACAUGGAUCAAAACCCAUACUAUGGAGGAGAAAGUGCAUCUAUAACACCUCUGGAAGAUUUAUACAAAAGAUUUAAAAUACCAGGAUCACCACCAUCAUCAAUGGGGAGAGGAAGAGACUGGAAUGUUGACUUAAUUCCCAAGUUCCUUAUGGCUAAUGGUCAGCUGGUUAAGAUGCUGCUUUAUACAGAAGUCACUCGUUAUCUGGAUUUCAAAGUGACAGAAGGAAGCUUUGUCUAUAAAGGAGGAAAAAUCUACAAGGUUCCUUCCACUGAAGCAGAAGCCCUUGCAUCUAGCUUAAUGGGACUAUUUGAAAAACGUCGCUUCAGAAAAUUCCUGGUGUAUGUUGCCAACUUUGAUGAAAACGAUGCUAGAACUUUUGAAGGUGUUGAUCCCAAGAAGACUGCAAUGCGAGAUGAGUAUAAGAAAUUUGAUUUGGGCCAAGAUGUUAUCGAUUUUACAGGUCAUGCUCUUGCACUCUAUAGAACUGAUGACUACUUAGAUCAACCAUGUUGUGAAACCAUUAAUAGAAUUAAACUUUACAGUGAGUCUCUGGCGCGAUAUGGCAAAAGCCCAUACCUUUAUCCACUCUAUGGCCUUGGGGAACUCCCACAAGGAUUUGCAAGGCUAAGUGCUAUUUAUGGUGGUACCUACAUGCUGAAUAAACCUAUCGAAGAAAUCAUUGUGCAGAAUGGGAAGGUGGUUGGUGUAAAAUCUGAAGGAGAGAUUGCUCGCUGUAAGCAGCUCAUCUGUGACCCCAGCUAUGUAAAAGAUCGGGUGGAGAAAGUGGGCCAGGUGAUAAGAGUUAUCUGCAUUCUUAGUCAUCCCAUCAAGAAUACCAACGAUGCCAACUCCUGCCAGAUCAUUAUUCCACAAAACCAAGUCAAUCGAAAGUCAGAUAUCUAUGUCUGCAUGAUUUCCUCUGCACACAAUGUGGCAGCACAAGGGAAGUACAUUGCCAUAGUCAGUACAACUGUGGAAACCAAGGAACCUGAGAAAGAAAUCAGACCAGCUUUGGAACUGUUGGAACCAAUUGAACAGAAAUUUGUUAGCAUCAGUGACCUCCUUGUGCCAAAAGAUUUGGGAAAAGAAAGCCAGAUCUUUAUUUCCCGCACAUAUGAUGCUACGACUCACUUUGAGACAACUUGUGAUGACAUUAAAGACAUCUAUAAGAGGAUGACAGGAUCAGAGUUUGACUUUGAGGAAAUGAAGCGCAAGAAAAAUGACAUCUAUGGGGAAGACUAACAACAGUACAUGUUACUAAAUUGGGACAAAUUUAAAAUUUGGCAAAUAAUGCAUAUUGUAUGAAAUCAGUAUUGUAAAGCCUGCUUUUGUAAUUAAAAUGGAGGGAUUGAAGAGCACUAUACCAGUAAAUAUUCCUCCCCCUUCA